UCCAUAGACUCCAUACCGAUAAUCUGCCUGCCAAACCAACAUUUUACAGCCACAGCAUGCGCAUGCGCAGCACAGUCUCGCUUCCGUAGAUUGAUACAGUAAGAGUCACAGCGCCCGGGAUAGAACGUUUGGUGGUUUUCUUAAGAGGGAGAGGAAAUAUACGCGAAUAACUUCAAACAGAGGUCGUUUUCGCAGCCAUGUUGACAACGGUUGGUGUGUUGGUGGGGAGCGCGGCCCUCCUGGCGGCGGUGCUGUACUUCCUGCAGCGCUGGAGCAGCUCGGCGCCACGGCGGCCGCCCGCGGGCGGAGCGCUACCGCCGCAGCCACCGGGCUGGCCGCUGCUCGGCAAUCUGACGCUCAUGCUCAGCCGCCAACGCCACCGCCUCAUCCAGGCGGCCGGCAGCCAACUGGGCGGCUGCAUCACUCUCCAACUCGGACCCAGGAAGUCCGUGUGGAUUACAUCCUAUGAAUACUUCCGAGAGGCCGUGAUCAACCACGCCUGGGAGUUUGCCGGACGUCCGCCGGAAAUGAGGAGUUUGGACGUUAUUGCUGGCGAGCCUGGUAUCGUGGCCAGCGGCGUCAGUGAGGAAGAGCGGGAGAUCCGCAAGAUCACGCUGAUCAGUCUGCGCAGUUUCGGCUUCGGCAAGUCCAGCAUGCAGGAGACGAUUCUCCACGAGGCCGACGAACUGAUCACCGCCUUCCGCCGGCACUGCCCCGCCCCCUCCGAGGGGCAGUCGUCCCGCCCCUUCAACCCCCGCAACACGCUGGCCAACGCCUCCGCCAACGUGAUCAGCUCGGUGCUGAUGGGCAACAACUUCCAGCAGGGCGACACCGAUUUCCACGCGCUCAGCGACGACCUGACGGAGGCCAUCAAAAAGGUCAUGAUCUCCCAGCAGGCGCGAGCCUUCCCUCUCUUGCGCCUCUUUGUCAGUCGCAGGCUCAAGACGGCAUACAACACCUUCCGACGCACGUUCGCCUUCCUGAAAUCCAUCGUCGAGGAGCACGUCGAACGGCACCAGCCGGGAAUGCCGCGCGACUUCGUCGACGACUGGUUCGACAAGGCGGCCGACGAAGCGUCCAAGGCCGGUGAUAAGGCCGUCUUCCGAGCGGAGAGGCUGCCCAAAGUGCUGAUGGAUCUCUUUAUCGGUGGCUUCGAGACGACGACGACGGCUUUCCAGUGGAUCUUCCUGAUGCUGUUGCACAACCCGGACGUACAGACCAAGAUCCACGAGGAAAUGGACCGCGUUCUGGGGUCCCGUUCGUCCACUUCCGGUCAGCAGGUGACGCUGGAGCAGCGCGACGCGCUGGUGUACACGGAGGCGGUCAUCUUGGAGACGCUGCGCAAGUACCCGCUCAUCCCCUUCGCCGUGCCGCACAUGUGCACGCAGACCACCAAACUGGGCGACUACACCAUCCCCCAAGGGACGCAGGUGAUGCUGCACCUGUUCUCCAUCCACCACGACCCGGCGCUCUUCCCCGAGCCGGAGCGCUUCCUGCCCGAGCGCUUCCUCGGGGCGGACGGCCGGUUGACCGUCCCGGAGCAGUUCGUGCCCUUCUCGGCGGGCCGGCGCUCCUGCAUCGGGGAGCAGUUGGCGCGCAAGGAGCUCUUCCUCUUCUUCGCCAACAUCAUGCUCAACUUCUCCAUCCACCCGCCCGCGGCCGGCGAGUUGCCCUCCCUCAACGAGAACGACGGCAUCGUCAUGUACCCCGAUCCCUACGAAAUCAUCCUUGAGGAGCGCUGAUUGCAGGGAUCGACGUGCAGUGGGCCGUACCGAACUGGCAUUCAAGAAUUCGCUAGUUUUUGAUAGAAUAAUAAAUAUGUUUUCUAAGCCUUGGCAAUCGCGCCACCGCCGCACCGUACACUAACCGUACUAACGCAGCGAUAUAAAUCAGCCUGCUUA